UUCUCAUCAUGGGCCAACAGCCCCAGAGGAUCCGGUGAUGCUGUGAGCCUCGGACGGCCCUCCGCAGAGCCAGGCCAGGCAUGCUGUCCCCAGGGUCUGGUUCCUCGCCCACCAGCCCCAUGGCCGCCAAGGAGCAGUCUCUGGCCAGGCUGUGUGCCCAGGUGGACCUGCACCUGGGCUGCCCCCGCUGUACUCAGCGCCUGAAUGAGAGCACGUACGUGCUGCGCCGGACAGAGCACCACUGCCCGCGAGAGACCCUGCUGGCCCGCUUCAGGCAAGCCAGCAAGAGCCGGGUGUGGCGCAAGGUGGCCCGCCGGCCCAGCUUCCCGCGGCCUGCCCGCUACGACGUCUGCUGGUACUACAGCCCGGGGCUCGGCUGUCGGCGGCACGGCAACCAGUGCACCUUCGCCCGCAGCCGGGAGGAGGCCCUGGUCUGGAACUUCGAGCGUGAGCACAACGUCGGGCGUCUGUGGCUCAAGACUGAGCUGCAGGGCGGGGGUGCCCAGGGGGAGCAGCACAGCCCCGCGGACGCCAUCCGCGCCGAGCACGGCGGCCACUUCCAGCUGCUCUGCUCUCACUGCUUCCGGAGCUGUCCUCCGCGCCUCUGCCCCAUGGACGCCCAGGGCCACUGCCCCCAGCACGGGGCCUGCCCUUCCCUCCUGGCUCACGUGAGCGCCGAGGGCCGCCGGAAGCGGCAGGUAGUGGAGGUGCGGCCACAGCCCCGGUACGGCCAGCCGCUGGCCUACUGCAUGUAUGUGGGGCGCGGGCGGCCGUGCCGGCACGGGGCUUCCCGCUGCCAGUACGCACACAGCGCGGUGGAGAUGGCCGUGUGGGAGGCCGAGCAGCUGGGGGGGCUCCAACGGCAGGACCUGCUCUCACCCACUGCCCCCGAGGAGGACGAACGUGCAGCCCCCUGCGGCCGGCCCCUCAGUGUCCGGCUGUACUGCCGUGCCUGCCUGGUCACCUGCCCCUCCCAGGAGGCCUUCGAGAACCACUGCUCAUCCCUGGAGCACGCACAGAUGGUGGCCUUGGACCCGGCCGAGCUCUGGGAGCACCGCAGCCCACCCACGGGGCUCUCCACGUUUGAGCUCUGCCCCAAACCCGACCUCUGUGAGUACGGGGACGCCUGCACUAAAGCGCACUCUGAGCCGGAGCUGCAGGAGUGGGUGCAGCGGGCGCAGGGCCUGGAGCUGAGGGAGCAGGCCGCCUGGCAGGAGGGGCUGGUGUCUUACCAGGCUCGGCUGCUGGCUGAGUACCAGCGAAGUCGAAGUGAGGUCCUGGUGCUGGCGGAGACUGUUGAUGGUGUGUUCGUCACGUGCAACCAGCCCUUGGUGCAUCAGGCCCCCGAGAAGAAGAUUCAGCACAGCUGGGUAUUUGACAUCUGCUCUGAGGAACCCCUGCUGCACGUGGCCCUGCUCAAGCAGGAGCUGGGAGCAGACUUCUCGCUGGUGGCCCCCCGCCUCCCGCUGGGCCAGCUCUAUGCAAAGGGGGAGCGUUUUCGAGCAGGCGCCGCCCCAGCCAGGUUCCGGGUGGAGGUGCGAGUGCAGAGUGCCUCCUUCGGCUGCUUCGAGCAGUGGGUGGUUUUCGACUUCGGCCGCCGGCCUGCCCUGCUACGGAAGCUGGGGCUGCUGCUGGGCCAGGUGCGCUGCCCGGGGCAGCAGGGCAGGCUGGCGUGCGGCCACGCCGAGGAGCUGGAGCGCUGGCACACGGGCAACCGCCACGUGGUGCCUGGUGUGGAGCGGACAGCCGAGCAGGUGGCCCUGGUGGCCAAGUACAAGGUGCCCGCCCUGGCGCUGGACUUCUGUCCCGGGGGCUCCGCCCCAGGCCCCAUGUCCUGCGCCGACUACCGCCCGAGGGUGCACCAGUUUCUCUAUGAGGAGGAGGCAGCUCAGCAGCGGCUGGUGGCCAGGCUGAACUUCCGGGGCCCGGUGUCCCUGCGGACGGCCCUGGAGACGCCGGCCCUGGGCAUGCUCUUCCCACCAUCAGGGGCCCUCUAUGCCGAGGUCCCCACACCCUCCUCGCGGACGCCGGACACGGACGAGGGCUUUCUGCUGGGCCGGGCGGUCAGCACAGCCCUGGUGGCCCCCGUCCCUGCGCGCGACCGCACGGUGUUUGAAGUGCUGCUGGAGACGCGGGCGAGCUCGGAGCGGGCGCUGUGGCUGCUGCUGCCAGCCCGCUGCUGCGUGGUCCUGGGGCUACGGCCCGACACCAGCCCCCUCCUUGAGGUGCAGUUCCAGAUCGACCCGCUGACCUUCCGCUUCUGGCACCAGGCGGUAGACGCGCUGCCUGACGUACGACUGGUGGUGCCGGACCUGCCGACGUGCUCCUUGCCCCGGCCUCUGCCCGCACCCCCCGCGAUGCACGGCAACCACAAGCAGAAGCUGGCCGUGGCGCUCAUUGCGGGCAGUAGCCCGGGGGGCGUCCGGCCCAUUGCCCCCCUGCUCAUCUACGGCCCCUUUGGCACAGGCAAGACCUACACGCUGGCCAUGGCCUCCCUAGAGGUCAUCCGGCAGCCCCACACCAGGGUGCUCAUCUGCACGCACACCAACAGCGCGGCCGACAUCUACAUUGAGGAGCACUUCCACCGCUACGUGAGCAGCGGCCACCCUGAGGCCACUCCGCUGCGGGUGAUGUUCACGGACCGCCCGCCCAGCCAGACUGACGCGGCCACGCUGCGCUACUGCCUCCUGACCGCGGACCGCCGGGCCUUCCGCGCCCCGACACAGGCCGAGCUGGAGCGGCACCGCAUUGUGGUGGCCACGGCAUCCCAGGCGCGCGAGCUCAGGGUGCCCAGCGGCUUCUUCUCGCACAUCCUCAUCGACGAGGCCGCCCAGAUGCUGGAGUGCGAGGCGCUCAUCCCGCUGCGCUACGCCGGGCCCGGCACGCGCCUGGUGCUGGCGGGGGACCACCGGCAGGUCACGCCCAGGCUCUUCAGCGUGCCGGGCACCCAGGCUGCAGGCCACACCCUGCUCUGCCGCCUCUUCUGGCACUACCAGCGGGAGGCCCACGCCGUGGCGCGGCACAGCCGGCUCAUCUUCCACGAGAACUACCGCUGCACUGAGGCCAUCCUUCACUUCGUCUCGCGGCACUUCUACCUGGCCGAGGGCAGCCCCAUCCAUGCCAGUGGCCGGGUCCCUCGCCACCCCACGCACUACCCUCUCAUGUUCUGCCACGUGGCGGGCAACCCCGAGAGGGACCUGUCACGCGCGUCCUGGCUAAACGCGGCGGAGAUCGCCCAGGUCGUGGAGAAGGUGCAGGAGAUCUACCAGAGCUGGCCCUCCUGCUGGGGCAGCCGCGAGCAGAGGCACAUCUGUGCCGUGUCCCACGGUGCCCAGGUGGGCGCACUGAGGCAGGAGCUGAGGAAGAGGGACCUGGGCCAGGUGUCUGUGGGCAGCUUUGAGAUCCUGCCAGGGCGGGAGUUCCGGGCUGUGGUGCUGAGCACCGUGCACAACCACAGCAGCCUGCUGAGCUCGGGGGCGCCCGCCCUGGGCUUCUUCACCGAUGCCCGCGUGCUCAACACCGUCAUGACGCGCGCCCAGUCCCAGGUGGUGGCUGUGGGCAACGCCGUGGCCCUCUGCUCCUUCGGGGCCUGUAGCAAGCUCUGGAAGAGCUUCAUCCUCGAGUGCGUGAAGCACCGUAGCAUCCGGCCCGAGAGCCUGUCCCUGGAGCGCAUCGAGCAGAGCGCGGUCCAGAGCAGGAGGCAGCGCUGGGACCUCCAAGCAGAGAGAGCUGUGGCUGCCGUGGCCCAGGACACUGUCCCGGAAGAGGGCACAGCAGGGGCUCUAGCCACAGAGCACGUGGCCAUGGACAAGGUGGCACCAGGGGCUGAAGGGAGGACAUCCCCUUCCAAGACCUGGGCAGCAGGAGAUGAAGCCACACAGAAGGACACGACCUCAGCAGGGAACUCGUCGAUGGGGGAUGUGGCCCCUGGGAAGGCAGUGGCCGGGCUGCCGGCCACGGAAGAUGGGGACCCUGAGGACCUCGAGGACUCUGAGUCGGACUUCUGGCCCUCCGACAUGGAGCUCAACGCGGACGACUCCAUCCUGCAGGAGCUCCUGGAUGAAGCCCGGAACGUGGCGGUGACCGUCCGGGAAGACGGGCUGCUGGACGCCAUCGCCCGGCCCGAGUCCCCACAGCAGGCCUGGCAGUACAGGAGCCUGCCGCGGGCCGCGCUGCGGAAGCUGCUGAGCUUGGAGCCCGAGCUGUACCGCCCCUGCGCCUUUGUGCAGGAGACCUUCGAGCGGGCACUGGCCGUCCCGCUGGAUGAUGCGGACUGUGGCCCCAUCCACAUCAGGGGCCGCCUGCACUGUGGGAUGGCCUUCAGCGGGGAUGAGGUUCUGGUGGAGGUCCUGGGCACAGACAGAGGCCCCUCGGGGAGGCCUCAGGGCCGCGUGGUGGGCGUGCUGAAGAGGAAGCGGCGGGAGCUGGUGUUCGUGUGCCGCACGGACGAGUGGGACCCUCGCAUCAUGACCCCCAUCGACAGCUCCGUGACCAAGAUCUUCGUGGCCGAGCUGAAGGACCCACUGCAGGUUCCCGUGCACUGCGUCCAGCAGGGCCGUGUGAGGCGUGUGGGGUACGAGCGACUCCCCGCCGAGGCCCGCGGCAGCCGACUCUUCUUGGUGCGUGUUGUCCUGUGGCGGCCCCGCUUCUACUACCCCCUGGGCAUCAUCCUGGAGGUACUACCCGAGGCCACCACCUGGGAGCAGGGCCUCCGCAUCCUUGACCUGGAGCACGGCCUGAGGGCACCGGAGCCAGAGCCGGCCUCCGUCAGCAGGGCGCUGCAGAAGUACCAGGCAGAGCUCAGCCGGGGACCCGACCGCCGGGAGGAUUGCCGCGGCUUUCUGACCUUCACUGUGGACCCCCAGGGUGCCCGUUACCUGGACGAUGCCCUCAGCGUCCGAGAUCUGGGCUCCAAGUACGAGGUGGCCGUGCACAUCGCCGAUGUGGCCAGUGCUGUCCCCAGGGACGGGCCUCUGGACCUGGAGGCCCGCAGAAGGGGCAUCACGUUCUACGCCCCCGACCGGGAGCCGCAGCCCAUGCUGCCGGCCAGCCUCUGCCAGGACGCGCUCAGCCUCCUGCCGGGCCAGGAUCGCUUGGCCGUUUCCCUCUUCCUCACGGUUGAGAAGGGCAGCGACCAGCUCAAGGGCCUGCACUUCGCGCCCUCUGUGAUCCGCUCUGACCGCCAGCUGUCCUACGAGGAGGCCGAGCAUGUCAUCCGGCGGCACCCGGGAGCUGGCGGGGAGCUGCCCAGCCUCUUGGACUCUGUGGACGCCUGUGUCGUGGCUGCCUGCCACUUCUCCCAGGUGCUGCGCCGAGCCCGCCUGGGGACCGACGCGCACUACGAGCAGCCGGGCGAGGACGGCGUGCUGGGCUUCCGCGCGGCCCACGCCAUGGUCAAGGAGUACAUGGUCCAGUUCAACAGCCUGGUGGCCGAGCUCCUUGUGAACAGCGAGUGCACGCGGACGGUCACGCCGCUGCGGUGGCAGCCCGCGCCCAGUGAGCGCCAGCUCGUGGCGCUGGGGGAGAAGCACGGGGAGCUGGUGCCCCUGUCCCUGCACCUGCACCACCACCUACAGGGCUGUGGGUCCCCCGGCCGACAGGUCUACCUCCUGGCCGCCCUGUGGAGGCACCUGCAGCGCGCCGCCCGCACCGGAGACCGCAAUCUGCUGGCGGACCUCAUCACCACAGACGACGUGCACCCCUCCCUGGCUCCCGUGGGCCUCGACCUCCGCAAGGCCCUGGGCCGCUCUGUGUUUGGCCGCUCCCGCCAGGGCGAGCAGCAGGUGGCGGGGCACUACGCGCUGCGGGUGGACUGGUACACAUGGGCCACCUCGCCCAUCCGCAGGUACCUGGACGUGGUACUGCAGCGGCAGAUCCUGCUGGCGCUGGGCCACGGGGGUGCCCCCUACUCCGCCAGGGACAUCGACGGGCUGUGCCAGGAAUUCAGCCACCAGCACGCGCGCGCCCAGGCCUAUCAGCGCCAGGCCCGCAGCCUGCAUCUGGCAGUGCGGCUCAGGGCCCAGCCCCGCGCCAAGCUGGGCAUCGUGGCAGGCGUGGAGACGGGCGCCCGCGGCUUCAAGCUGCUCUUCCCCACCAACCCCGAGACCCUGCCCGACCCCUGCCCUGUGCCGUACCGUGCCCUGCAGCUGGCUGAGCACCCCAGGGACCUGGCCGGGCGGCAGGGCUUGCGGCUGGAAUGGCGGCGCCGCAUCUACUCGGUGCAGGCGGAAGGGCCGCGCUCCCCGCAGCCCGGUGCCCUGCUGGACCCCCACACCCGGCGGGUGGACGCCGCCCCGUGGGAGCAGCUGCUGGAGCUAGUUCAGGCGGAGCGGUGGCCUGAGGCGGCGGCCCUGGUGCAGGAGCUGGGCACGGCGGAGCCCCCGUCCCGGGAGCUGGGCCGCGUGAGGCACAGCCGCUGUGGCCACUUUGUGGAGGUGUCCCGGGAGCUGGGCAGCGGGGACGUGCUGCAGGUGCAGCUCAGCGCCAGCCUGCAGCGGGGCUUCCUGGUGCCAAGCCUGCAGCUGUGCACCGUGGCGCCGGGCCUCACCCUCUGCCUGCAGCACGUGGAGCGGCCCAGCGGCUGCUUCCUGGGCCAGGCGCCCCGGGCGGCGCAGGACCGGUGUCUUGAUGAGGGCGAGUACGCCCGCGUGUGGGGGCCCUUCUGCUCUCUGGAGUCAGCCACAGGCGCCGUCUCGGAGGGCGACUCCAUCACGCUGCAGCAGGUCAGCGUGUCCUGGGACACGAAGCAGGUGGCGCAGGGGCAGCUGCGUGGCUCCUUCUGCCUGGAGCCGUCCUUCCUCAGCGAGCACGGCAUUGACCUCAGCUUCGGCCACUGCUACCUCUGCAUCCGGCUCGAGGGGCUGCCGGCCACGCCCAUUGCAGGGGGGCCGCACUCCCCAGCUGGCCCUGGCCAGCCUCCCCUCCUGAGCAUUGACCCUGACACGUACACUUGGGUGGCCCACGGGCUGACAGAACACUGGGACCCGAAGGAGGGCCAGGCCGACCGGCAGGAGACCUCCAAGCAGGUGUACUUCUUCGUCCAGCACAUGCCCAUGGAGAAAGUUCCAGAAGAGGUGCUGAGACCGGGCAGGCGAUUCACUAUUGAGGUGCUGCCCAAGCAGCUUCCUGACAUUCGCAAGGAAGAAGCUGUGAGUAUGUUGGACCGUGCAUCCCCGCUGGUCGUCAGCAUUGCCCUGGGCCGGCCCAUCCCUCCGCCCUGCCGCCUUGCUCCCGAGCAGACCCUCCACAGAGGGACGUACAACAGGCUCCUGGAGAAACGCAUGUUCGACCUCCCCAGAGGCUGCCACACGCUGAACUCCAGCCAGAACCGGGCUGUCAGGGCGGCCCUGCAGAAGCCGUUCACAGUGAUCCAGGGCCCGCCAGGCACAGGGAAGACUGUUGUGGGUUUCCACAUCGUGUUCUGGUUUCACAAGGCAAAUGAGGAGCAGGUGAUGGCCUGGGGCGCCCCCAGGGAGGAGGAGCUGCUGGGGGGCCCGUGCGUCUUGUAUUGCGGUCCCUCUAACAAGUCAGUGGACGUCCUGGCAGGACUGCUGCUGAGUAGGAGAGCAGAGCUGAAGCCGCUGCGGGUGUACAGCGAGCAGGCCGAGGCCACUGAAUUCCCGGUGCCCAGUGUGGGCAGCAGCGGCCCGCCCAGGAAGACCCCUCGGGAGGGGAGGCCCAACCAGAGCCUCAGGAGCAUCACCCUGCACCACAGGGUCCGGCAGACCUCCAACCCCUACGCGGCGGACAUCAGGGGGUUCGACGCUCGGGUGCAGAAAGGGGAGGUCUUUUCCAAGGAAGACCUCAACCGGUACAAGCAGGUGCUGGGGAAGGCACGGAAGUUUGAGCUGGAGCGGCACCGGGUCAUCUUGUGUACGUGCUCGUGUGCUGCCUCAGCUGGUCUCAGGAGGCUGGCUGUGCGGCAGGUCCUCAUCGACGAAGCCGGCAUGGCCACAGAGCCCGAGACCCUCAUUCCGCUGGUGGCCUUCUCACGGGUGGAGAAGGUGGUUCUUCUGGGGGACCACAAGCAACUGCGGCCUGUGGUCAGGAGUGAGCAGCUACAGAAUCUGGGGCUGGACCGGUCUCUCUUCGAGAGGUAUCACGCGGAUGCCUACCUGCUAGACACACAGUACCGCAUGCACGCGGACAUCUGUGCCUUCCCCUCCACGGAGUUCUACAAGAAGAAGCUGAAGACCUGGCCGGGCCUGAAGCGGCCGCCCAGCGUCCUGGGCCACGCUGGAAAGGAGAGUUGCUCUGUCAUCUUUGGCCAUGUGCAGGGCCAUGAGCAGAGCCUACUGGUGUCCACAGAUGAAGGGAAUGAAAACUCCAAGGCCAACCCGGAGGAGGUGGCCGAGGUGGUCCGCAUUGCUAAGCAGCUGACCCUGGGCAGGGCCGUGGACUCCAAGGAUGUUGCCAUUCUCACGCCCUACAACGCUCAGGCUGCGGAGAUCAGCAAGAGGCUUGGGCAAGAGGGUGUCACUGGAGUGAGCGUGUGCUCCAUCACCAAGAGCCAGGGAAGCGAGUGGCGCUACGUGCUGGUGAGCACCGUGCGCACGUGCCCCGAGAGUGACCUGGACCAGCGGCCAACGAAGAGCUGGCUGAAGAGGUUCCUGGGCUUUGUGGUGGACCCCAAUCAAGUGAACGUGGCCAUCACCCGGGCCAAAGAGGGUCUCUGCUUCAUUGGGGACCACCGCCUCCUGCGUUGUUGCCCUCUCUGGCGGAGAUUCCUGGACUUCUGUGAGGACCAGCAGAGCCUCGUGCCCGCCAGCCAGGUGCGCGUUCGGAGGAGGCCUGCCCUGUCUCCCUGAAGAGCCCACUCUGCCUGCCCACUGCCCUCGGGCUGCCAGGACUUCGAGGCAAAGCCCCAGCCCGCUUCUGCAGCGUGCCUUGUCAGGCCGCACUCGGCAGAAUCCCACAGUGCCUUCGGUUAGGGUUAGGUACUGCCGGCCGCCCCGCCCCCCAGUUGGGUCUGCGCUGGGGUUCUGAGCAAUAAUCCUCUUCUGGAGCCUCGGCCUCUCCCGGGACAGGGGGGCAGGCCAGGCCCUGCCCUGCCAGCAAGUGCCUACGCUUAGGAGAGAGGGACUCCCCAGUCUCCCUGCUGUGCUGCCUUUGUUGGGACAUUUUGCAGGGAACACCUCAGGGGUGUGGGAUGGGGGGAGGUCCUCUGGACCUUCUGGUGUUGCUGGGAAGGUUUGGGGCGGGGAAGGAAAUCCUCGCGGGUUUACUCUUUGGUCUUUGGAUGCCAUCCCUGACCACGCUGGGUGCUGGCUGUGGGGCUCAGCCUUCUUUCUUUCUUUCCUUUUUUCUUUUUUUACAAGUAGGCUCCC